AUGAAUAACCCGGAAUAUCCCUCCUAGAUUACUUAAACAAUUAAUGACAUCACUUUCUCAAGCGCAUUUGAUUCAGGCAAUUUAAAAAGUGUUAGCUAUGAAGAUGGAAAAUAUAUCCUCCAAAUCUCAAGUGAUUGGGGAAUCAAUGGAAAAACCACUAAUUACAGAACCUGGUUCUACUUCUCGGUAUCUGCUAAGUCUGAAGAAGCUAUCACUUUUGUAAUAGCUAAUAUGCAAAAUUAAAUCGUAUUAUUUAAAGAAGGUAUGCAACCAGUUUUUAGAACUUCUAAUUCCACUCAAUGGGAAAGGAUUAAAGAACCCUGUCAAUAUCGACUAGUAGCAGAAAAAUAAUUUGAAAUCUCUUUCUAACACAUGCUUCCUAAUCAUGAAACAGUGUAUUUUGCAUUUUUCUAUCCGUGGAGUUGUCAAGACAAUGAAGAUUUUCUACAACAUUGUUAUACUAUCUCUCUUUAAAUCCCGAAUAUUUAUUAUGAUAAUUCCAUACUCUCAUAUUCCAAAGAAGGUAGACCUAUCAAUUUGAUUACAAUCACAAAUGGCUCCUCAGAAAUUCAAGAAUAACCAUUGCCUGGAAUUUUCCCUUAAACAAGACCAGCUGUUUUUAAAAAGCCUCAUAUAUUCAUCUCUGCUCGUGUUCAUCCAGGAGAGGUGCCUAGUUCUUUUGUUCUAAAUGGACUUAUCAAAUAUCUCUUAACUCCAAAUGAUCCUGUCGCUAUGGCUGCCAGAGACAAUUUUGUUUGGUGCUUUGUUCCCAUAAUUAAUCCUGAUGGAGUUUAUAGAGGACAUUACAGAACUGAUUCGCUCUGUUAGAAUCUUAAUCGCUAUUAUUUAUCGCCUUCCAAAGAGGAUCAUCCAACAAUUUAUGCAAUCAAAGAAUAUCUAAUCAGACUUCAUAAAACAGAUCGAUUCCUUGGAUAUAUUGACUUACAUGCUCAUGCUAAUCAUAAGGGAGCAUUUAUUUAUGGGAAUUAACUCAAUCAAUUAAGCAAAUAGGUCUAAAAUUGUGCAAUUCCUAAAUUAAUGACCUUGUAUUCUUAGAUCUUUGAUUAUGAUGCUUGUAAUUUUACAGAGAAGAACAUGUACUCUGCAGAUAAAGGAGACGGACUCAGUAAAGAAGGUUCAGGCAGAGUAGCCCUCUUUAAGACAUGUGGAAUCAUUCAUAGUUAUACUCUUGAAUGCAAUUACAAUACAGGCAGGCUUACAAAUUUAACUUAUAAGUAAUCUGAAGAUAAUUCAUACAAAGAAAACAACUUAGAGGAAAAUGACAUUUUGGGAACUUUGUAUACAACUUAUCCCAAAUCCAAGUUCUUUACAAUAGAAGAUUACGAAGAAGUUGGAGUUGGAAUCGUAAAUGCCUUUCUUGAUUAUCACCUCCUUAAUCCCAGAAGUAGAUUAACAAAUUCCCCUUUUAAGACUUUAGCUAACUUUAAAACUUAUUUAGCAAUCAAUAUUGCUAAAUAAACUAUUUUUAAAUUUGACCCAUAUAUCAAAAAUGUCUUCAAGUAUAUUAACAAUAAAGAAUAAAUCCCAAGAGUCCUUAAGGCAUUUUAUUAUUAUAUUAGCACUGGUUAGAUCUAAGAUUUUUUGGAACCAAAUCCUGAAAAUCAAGGAAGUAAGCCAUUAACAAGAUAUGAAAAAGCUUAAGAAAUCAAAAGAGAAAAAGAAAAAAAAUUAUAAUAAUAAUAAAAAUAAUAAUAAGAAGAAUAAUAAUAAGAAAAGUAAGAAGAAUUUGUCUAAUAAUAACAACUUUUAUAAUAAUAGGAAUAAGUUGAACCUUUAUAAUAAUAACUUGAAACAGAUUUAGAUUCUUUAUAAAAUUAAGAAUGUAACUUCGAUAAAUUUAAGGAACAUUCAGAACCAAUGGAAUAACUGUAACCAAAAAUUGAAGGAUGCUUAUAAAAUUGAAAUUUAUUGUCAAUUCAUAUAUUCCCAUUACACUUUUUAUAAAUACGAA